AUGCGGCUGUGCCAGAACUUAGGGCAGCCAAAGCAUUCGUUAGUUAACCGUUGUGACGGCUGAACGUGCAGAACGCGUGCACAUCGUAAGCUCCGGAUCGAGUUAGUUGUGUACCAUAUCGGGCCUUGAGUUGCUUGCAAAAGUGUAACGGUGGCUGAGCAAGUGGACGCAAACUGUGAAUUUGACUCGAAGCGGUGUCUUUUGCCGACAGAUUAUUACACGCCGUCGCAGCUGUGCGUUGUGCCCCAUUUUCGAGUGUGUGAGCCAUUUAAAAGUUUUCCACUUUUCAUCAUUAAAUAUAUUCAACCGAAUUGAAAUCGAACGUGUGUUGUGUGCAGUGCAAGAAAAUUACAGCUUUGUGGUGUACUCGCGUAUGCAUGAUCGCUGAUCGCGUGUGGUUAAAGACGCCAGUAAUUGCAGCCUAUGGCGAACCAACUGACCAACUUUAACCCAGAAAAAGUGCAUUGCUGACUGCAAGAAAAAAAAAGAAAAAAAAAACAAGAAAAUAACCUCAGAGUCGCCAUCGUCGUGUCCGCACACACACAUUCGCUCGCACAGUGAAAACCCCAGCUCGAACUUGAUUUCGGCAAUUCUUCAUUCUGCAUUCUGCAUUUCAUUUUCGUUUUCGGUUUCGCGUCGCACCUCGAACGUCGAGCGUCGUCGUCACCCCGUUUGGGUUGGAAAUUGUCGGAUUGUUGGAUUGUCGGCUGGCUGGGCCGCUCGCUUGCAUUCUAGCUGCUGCAACCGGCUGGUGAUGCUGGCCACAUUAGUCUUCGCAUUGCGCUUAUUGGUGUCGUGCGCUGUCUUGGCCAAUCUGCACAAAUACCAACGUCCGCUGGAUUUCGCCUGCCUGGCGAUUGUGCUCGGCGCAGGCGCAUACUACAUUGACGCGCAGCUGCGCGAGUGGUUCUUUAGCGAGAUCACACGCCUGUGCUAGCGUCUGCACGGACCGCGCGCAAGAAGCGAAAGAAGGGCAAGCAUAAAUGCCAAUCAGUGAGGCAAAAGCAUCAAAAUCUAUUUGCAAUUCUAAUUCAACUCAAUUCAACUCAACGCGGUGUUGUAUAUAGUGUGUGCGCGUUUCUGUUUUGCAAGCAUAAAUAAAUUAUGCAAUGGAGUUUUGAAAAAGUAAUGCCAUUAAAAUGUCUAUCGGCCGCAAAAGUGGAAGUGUUGCAGCAAAAUUGUACAAGAAAAAAACGAAUUGGAAAAAAAUAUUGAAAUAGUUGUGCAAAAGUGCUGAUUGUAUUUGAGAACUCAAGCCAUAAAAGUGUACGAAAAAUUGUGUACUCACCUUUAUAAUUCACAAUUGUUACACAAUAUAUGAUAUUUCUUACGAAAAAAUUUAUAAAACCGUGAGAUUGUUAGUGAAGUGGUACAAAAAUAUAAAGUAAACAUAUUUUUUGUGGAUAUUGUGCAAAUAUUUGUUGUGCUUUGUAACAUUCUUUGUGUAAAAUAUUCAAUACACGAAUUGUGUCAUCCAGCAGGAGAUUGGAUUAACUUGAAAUAAGCGAAUAAUAAUUUUCAUACAUCAUAACCCGGUAUUACAAGAAACAAGAAACAAAAUAUAAGUGAAACGAAAAGUGAGCUGAGAAAGAAGCCAAAGCCGCGUUGAAAAACUGAAAGUUUACGGUUAUUGAUUGUGAUUUACCUGCAUGCAACAACAACUCGGUGAAAAAGUGCAAGAGCUCUUCCAAUUGAGAUUAUGUGCGCAAAAACAACAAGUAUUCGCCGAUGUACGACAAAUCAAAGAAAACCUGGAGUCAACGGCUCAAGAUUACGAAAACCACAGAGAGCAGCAACGCCACAUCAGCAGCAACCGCAAGCACAUACACGACGGAGUCCAGCGCAACGGUGACAGGCUUACAUCAAACAGAGAACUUAGCCGCUGCGGCAGCAAUAACAAGACAGACAAUAACGAAAACGAAAAUAACACAAGAUUCAGCAUAUAAUGCAAAUAAUUUUGGUCGCCACCAAGUACACGUACAGCAAUAUCAGACAGUGGCAGCAACAAUGCAUUUACCAACACUGCAACUUAGUGAUUAUCACAUCGGCAAUGGUGGCGUCGGCGGUGGCGGUGUCAAUGGCGGCUAUGAGUAUUUACCAAGUUCCCUCUCACGCUCUAUGAAAUACGCAGAGCCAUGGAUUUACGGCACCGUACGCGGCAUACCCGCGCGCCCGUCAUACCACCACUUUAUGCCGCAGGCAUCAUCGUCACCCGGCAAUUACAUGCAACCGUUGGCAGUGGUCAUCUGUUCGUGCCCCGAGUACUUGAACGGCACCAAACGCGAUGUGAAGAAGGCAAGCGUAUGUAAAAAGUGUAAAGGUUCACGCCUACCCUUGACGCCCAUCGGUGGUACUAUGCGUCUCGCAGCUGGCGGUAUGUUGGCCACCACGAAAAUGCGUAGCAGUGGUGCGGCCACCGUACGCGUAGUAAGCACUACGAAAAAAGCACGUCCCACUAUACUUGACCCGCAGAAAGAUCCGUAUGAUUUGAUGCGGCGUACGCGUCUGCUGUCACCCGAGCCGGGCAACAGUAGCACUACCAGUGGUGGUGGACGCGACGCGGCAGGUAGCACACGAGAUAAGGACAAACUGCGUAGUCGUGGCAAGAGUGCAAGUCCCGUACGUGGACGUAGCCGUAAACGUGGUCAGUUGCCGACGUCGUACCACCACAAGCAGAAUGUGUCCAAUGCGAGUAUGCGGGAGGAGCCCGAUUGCUGGCUGGUAGAGGACACAGAUACGCUUUUAAAUGCCACCGGCACAAUCAGUGGCGAGAGUAAUGCCACACGGCGUUCCAUAUUACGCUGUAAUGUUAAUCCAUAUGAUCUGAUCUCACACAGCCAAUCUUCGAGUAGUGGCUCGACAACACCCACAACGCCAACACGCUGCAAACCAGCCACGCCAACUGCCGGCUCCAGCGCCAAAUCGGCUUCACAGAAUGAGUUCAUGCCACCAAAUGACGACUUUAAUGUGGCAGACGCCGCACUCACCGAAGAAGCGCCACCAUUUGCCUCCAACCUGGUAGUUGGCGGUUCACGCAUGACUGCCAAAAGCAAUAAUCAAGCAGCGCAAACGCUACGCGCGCCGAAAUCAAAGGCAGAAAAUAAAACGACGGUAUUGCGACGUGAGAGUCGCACAGCUGGCGCGCCAAAUACGUGUGUAAACAACAGCGAGGAGGAUGGUAGCAGCUCAUAUGACGAAGAAAUACACGGCAAACGUAACUACAAUAAUGUUCAGGCAAUUGCCGGGCAACGCAUUAGCUUGGGUGGCAAAACUACAACCAAAUCAUUAAUCAAACAAAGCGAGGAUGGGCGCAGCUAUGAGAGCAUUAUAGUCGCUGAAACGACGAAAAAGUCUGCGAGCAAACAGCAGUCCAAACGUAAUGAAAUGCAGGGAAAAUCACACGAUUCCUCCUCCGCGACACAAACGUCCACACAACCAAGUCGGCCGCCACGUCUACGCAAAUCUGAAUCGAGUGAAAGUGCUGAUAGCGAAGCGGAACAUAGCCGCUCUAAGGGUGAAGCUAGUAAAUCGCCUGCCAACGCACUAGACGAGGAACGUGUUAUGGUAUUGACAGUGACGCCAAACCAAAACAUCAAGUCGAUACUGAAACGUCCCACAUCCAAUACCUCGGAGAGUGGCGCCGACUCGCCAAUUGCCAAGGAUCAGCAAACAUUAUUACCCGUUGGGGCAGCUAGCAUUGGCGCAAAAGCAAUGACACCUAGUAAUCAACGUCGAACAGCCGCAGCGAGCCCCUCGCCCACGACCAAAUCGCAAUUUUACAUUCCACUGCCACAGACACGAAAGAAAGUGCAGUUUCGCGAAGAAGAGCGCAUCGUACAUGCGUUAGACUGUGACAUGGCGAGCAGUGAUGAAGCCACUGAGUUUGCUGAAAUGCAGGAGCUUUCAACUGACAAAGAGGAUGGCAAAGGUUUGGAUGAAGGGUUCGAUGCCAGCCAUCGACAGUCGCCCAAAUCCACAACCAAUUACGAGUAUUACAAUCGCAAACGCGAACAACAGCGCUUACAACGUCUGGAAAAUAUUUCCGAAGCCGAAAGCACACAUCCCCAUGGACAAGCGACGCCGUUGUCACUAACGCUGCCAACACAGGAUGCAUUGCUGGCGGAAUUGCAACAAUAUUCCGAUUUUGUAACGCAAGUGAUUGCUCAAGCAAGCAAUAGCUACAUUAACAGCAACAACAAUAGCGCUGAAAAUGCGGUGCACGAUUAUGAUGGCUAUAAUUUUGAUGAGGCAGCCAUUGAAAUGCGUGCUGCAGCCUCCAGCAGUGCAACAGACGCAAUGCAUUAUGAGGAUUUAAGUCCCAUAACUACUGACGCAGGCGGCGAAGGCCCCACCACUGCUAGCAGUUACGUUAGCAGUAAUAAAAACAGCACUAGCGGCGGCAGCCAACAACAACAAAGUUGCAGCGCCGACGAGAAAACUGUGUCAUUUGGUGGCACGAAAAUGUUGCUUACUCAACAAAAUGCCGGCAGGUCGGCGCAUUCAUCACCAGCAAUAAAGGCAGCAACGAUAGCGGCAACAUCAUCGACAUCAUUACCGCCAACAACAAAAGCCGCAAACGCUCAAUCACUUGCCGCAGCAACAGUGGUGGCAGCAGCUGCCGCCGUGUCACAUGUCAUACGCAGUGACAAAAAUGAUGAUUAUGAUGAUGAUGCCGCUGAUGGCCAACAGGACGCCGUCAAUAAAGGCAGCAACAACAGCGACAACAACAAGCAUAACGACAGCAACGGCGACAACGAGAGCAGCGACGAGGAUGUGUACGAGGACGCGCACGACGACAGCGCUGACGACGACGAUAAGAACUACAGCCUGUUGGGCAGUACAGUGGCUUUGACCACAGCCCGGGCAUCCACUGGCGCUGAUGAUGUGUUAAAAGCGGAGCUCGGCGCCGAUGUGGCAGUAGCCGCCAGCGAGAGCGCCCAUUAUGCUGAGAAGCUUGAGGAUAGGGAGCACAACAAUGGCAAGAAAAACGCCAACAACAAAGCUGAGCAGCCACAAGCGACACAAUUGCGAAAUCCCAUCAGACGUUCACAAAGCGCGCGCCACCCACGCGCUACUACACAACCAAUAAUGCGCGCUGACAACGCCACCGGCAAGAACACCAACAACAGCGACAACAGCGACAACAACGACUAUCAACUAGAAGACCACACAACAAAUGGUGGUGACCUGCGUUUUGUGGCAGACACUUGUGCCGGAAGUGGCAGCGCGCAUAGAGAACGCAAAUACAGCAACAACGACGGUCAUAAAAACAACAAAACUGAGAGUUACCGCGAAGAGGCCAUUUUGAGUUUUAAAGAUACCAUGGCGCUGCGCGGCAAGCUGCACCGCAACGAUAGCCGAGAUUUAUUUGCACGUCCGCGCGAGCCACCACCUCCGCCACCCACACCCACAACCAGCACAGCCCGUAGCUGUGAUGCCGUUGCCACAGCUGCUGCACAAACGACCUCGACCGCCACCACAAACGACAACAGAGCUGGCAAUAACAAGGCCGCAGCUACAGCAGCCACAAAAGGCGGCCUGCCAGCCGUUGCACUAAUGGCGACGGAGACGACGUCCACAAAUGCCGCGGAGUCGACACAAAACUGCCAAGCAAACAUUUCGACGCUAUCGCAUGUGCCUGCAACAAGCCAGCAGCCGACGGCCAACAAAGCAAAUAAUGCAGCAGGCGCAGAAAAAAACUCACGUUUUGCCAAAGUCAGCACAAACGGAUUAGAGGAGCAACAGCAGCAGCAGCAGCGGCAAGACCUAGAAGCGUGUGCAAAAACUCAAACGCAGCUGGCAUUUGAAAGCCACUCAGAUAGCGCACAAUGUGGCGUGCAGCAAAUGCUAACACAAAAUAGUCGCGAAACAAAAGCACGACAACAACAACAAACACAAUGUGUUCCCAACGCCUGGGAGAGCACGGUUCGCGCGAUAACAACACCGCGUGGCAGCAAUGCGUCCAUUACCGCUAAUACCUCGCCACCGCAGCGCACGGUUGUGCGCGUCGCACCGUUUAACAAAACCAAAACCACUUCGGAAGUUCAUCGUCUCAAAAUAAGUCACACCGACAACGACGAUGCAUUUAGUACCACACAACCACACCUACGGGCAGGCCAAUCACAUCAUUCGCCCACAUCGCCGCACUACAGCUUCCAGUAUAAUGGUGCGAAUGGUUCAAUGUACGCCGGCGAAGCGGCUGACCUCACUAUGUCUACUGCACAGAAGAAAACUUCAAUUUUAAUUAACGGUGAUGACUGCUACUCAACGAUGAAUCUAAGUUGCGACGAUGCCAGCACACCACUCUAUCAAUCCUCCGUGGUGGUGGCUGACUACAGUGCCAAAAUGAUCACAAGAGACACGACAAAUGAUGUUGCACUUGGCAGCAAUUAUAGUGGACUCAGAGUGACGACCUCAUCAAACACAGUCACCAUCAAUGUCAGCAGUCCUCGCAGUGCCGCAGAGGAAUUGAUAUAUCAGCACAAUAAAAUCAAUACGUUGCUGAGUCGACAAGCUGAAAACGGCGGUGGAAACAUUAGUAACGCUGGACGGGCUAUUAUACCAAUUAAGGGCUCCGCAGAGGUAAACCUUCAACGCUCAGCCUCAUCGACAUCCUCAGCAUCGACUAGCUCGAUCACCAGCUUGAGCAGCAGUGGUAGCGGCGGCGGAAGUAGUGGUUCAAUACCGAAACGUGGACGAACUUUGAUUCGUUUGGAUUACGAGCCAGAAAAGUCGACAAACUUGCCACAACAGCAGCUAACAGAGCUUUGUUCGGAUAUUGAGAUUUGUGUGAAAACUCCUGAAGAAGACGCCAGCAAGACGGAUAUUGGUGAACCACUAUCGCACGAAGAGGAGUUAUUGAAGAUUUUGCGUAAUCCGGUUGAGGCUGUGAAAAGAAAUCUGGUACCACAUAUUUGCGGACGUAACGAAGCGUCAACUGCGCGGGAUACCGUAAGGAAUAGAAAGAUGAAAAACGCUGGCAAGCAGGUUGUUGUCGCGAAGGACACUAAAGCUGUAACCGAAAAAGCAGUUUUACCGAUUGACAAUACCGGUGAGAGUAAUACGCCGAAAGCCAUGUCUUCGCCUACAGCACCGACUAAAACGUCGUUCAUUACGAAAUUGCUGGAAGAUCCAAUGCUUAGUCAGGUGGCCGACGGUUUAGAAACCGAAACCGUUGCGGAACUGAUCGAAAACUCGUUGAGACGACUGCAAGAAUCACGUAGCACAGUGGAUAUGACUGGUACCAAAGAUAAUGAUGACAUGAAUCGUUUAAUCAAUAUAUCGCUGCAGAAAAUCAAAGAAGAACGACAGCAUUCCGCGGUAACUACACCGCCAGCAGCGAAUGUGCCUACCAUCGCCAACAAUACCCACCUUACCGUACCCACCAAAGAUGAAGAUGGCAUGUCAAAUCGUGGCAGCAUUAGCUCUGCAAACAGUUUUGCCUCGGCCAAUAACUAUGAAAUGUUCGACUUCGAUGCUAACGAGUCCGAUUGCUAUCAGAGUUGUUCUAGCGAAAUCACAACUCCAGGCGAUGAUGAUAUAAGCUCCGCAAGUACGCGUUCAAAAUUUUAUCAGAUGCUCGUCGAUGCCACACUAGCAGAAAUAGAGAUGUCUACCAAUUUGGAAGAGGAUAUAGGUAGCCAUCACUACGAGUCUAUACGCAACAACGGCGAUCCCAUUUAUGAGGAAAUCAACGAAGUACCGCCACCCUUGCCAUUAAGCGCACCGCCGCUUAACGAUACUGAUCUAGAGAAGAAGGCAGCACGUUCCAUCUUCGAAGGCGCAUCGAAAUAUGACAUACUCUCAUACCUUGUGGAUGCAAAAGAACGUGGCGUAGUACGUGAAGAGACUUUCGAUUAUCCGCUGAAUUGUUCCAAUCCCAUAAUUAUAGAAGAAGAAGCCGGUGACACACUCAGCGAACUCGGCAAACGUCAAACAAUGCGCGAUCUCAGUUCACGCGCCUCAGUCUUGAGCGAUUCGAGCGAAGAUGCACAAAGUAUGAUGAGCUCGCUCUCACCGCCAACUAACAACUUCAUUUGUGGCAGCGGCAGCCAUUCAAGUCUUUUGCAACGCAACAAAGGCGCCUCCAGCGAUAUUGAACGCAACGACUCUGGCGUCGGCUCAGAGACUAGCAAAAGCUCACGCAGCAAAUAUCAAAAUCCACUGCCCACAGUUAGUGCACAGCUUUCCAAAGACUGUCCCAUACAUUUGUGUGAGGACUGUGAUGGUCCUGUAGAGACACAAGUCACCGAUUCGGGCAUUAUGUUUGCACCGCUCGUUUGUCGUAAAUGCGGCAAAAAGCGUGUGGAACGCAAAGAGAUCAUAACCGAAAUCGUCGAGACAGAGGAAAAGUAUGGACGUGAUUUGCAAAUAAUUUUGGAGGAGUUUUGUCAUCCCAUGCUGGUCGCCGGUCUACUGACACAGGAGCAGCUCUCUGCAAUCUUCUUGAAUACCGAAGAAUUGCUCGAGAACAAUCAAACACUGGCGGAGCGUAUGCGCGACGCACUCGACAUUGCUCUCGAGCAAGGCGACGACGAUCUGCUGACGGUGAACAUCGGUAAGAUAUUCCUCGACUUCACGCAGAUGUUGCACGCCUUCGAGAGCUACUGUGUGCGACAGGCGGGCGCCAGUUUGCUGCUGGCCAAUCUCGAAAAGGAAAAGGAGCUACUCCGCAUUUUCCUUAAGGUCUCUCAAAUGGAGAAUGCCGUUUUACGUCGCAUGAAUCUCAAUUCGUUCCUCAUGGUGCCCGUACAACGUGUGACUAAAUAUCCGCUCCUACUCGCCCGCCUCUACAAAGUGACACCGGCUCAUCUCGAAGGACGUGACCAACUAAAGCAGGCCCAAGAGAAAAUCGAACUGCAUCUUAACCAUAUCAACCAGGAAGCCAAAGAUGUACCAACCAAACUAUGGCGCCGCAUAUCGUCAUCGAGCCCAAAUCGACGUGCUUCCAGCGAAAUCGAUAUGAUCAAUAUAAAACUACGGAAAAUGGCCAUCGAUAUACUCGAAUGGAAUCAUGAUGAAGUACGCUUUGCCAUGGAGGGCAAACUGUUGUACACACAACCCACGGACAGUAAUUGGAAGAAGGCACGCACCAUCAAACUGACGCCAGUUAAUGCAUUACUCGUUACGAAUGGCAAGCCAAGUGCCAAUUACAAGGCAGAAAAAGUUAUGUCAGAUAAACUGAAUUUCCCGAAACACACCGGCAUACGGGAGGCCUCAUUGCUGGUGGUAAAGGAAAAAUGCGGACGUUACACGCUGAUACGUGAGCCAUUGUAUCUGGACAGAUGCGUUGUGUGCAGCGAAGCGGAUUGGGAUGAUUAUUUCGAGAUACAGGAAAUCUCAUCGAAGGACACUUUCAUAUUCAAAGCCGAGGAUGGUGUUCGCACGAAGCAGUGGUACACACAGCUGCAGUUCCACGCACAGGGUAUGGGCGCAUGGCGCAAGCGACGCAAUGCACUGGCCAACAUCAUGAUUAACGGUAUGUUGGCGCGCAACUAAACCGUUGGAGUGAAAACAACAGCAACACUCCAUUAGCAGCCCAGCGAAGACCAGCUUAAAAUUUACAAGGAAAAGCGCGUUUUUCCAACGAAAGAGUAAAAACGAUGAAAAUUCAUU